AUGAGCGUGUUCAGUCAGCUUUCCGAAUCGGCCAAGCAGAAUCCAUUCAGUCUGCCAUUCAGAACUGCAAACUGUGCUAGCGCAGUUUCAGCCCCUGGACAAGUCGAGUUCGGAACUGGCAAAUACUACGCCUACUGUGCUUUCGGAGGAGUUCUUUCCUGCGGAAUCACUCACACUGCUAUCGUUCCACUUGAUCUCGUCAAGUGCAGAAUUCAGGUCAACCCAGAAAAGUACACCGGUAUCGCCUCAGGAUUCCGCACCACUGUUGCUGAGGAGGGAGCUCGUGCUCUCGUGAAAGGAUGGGCGCCAACUCUUAUCGGAUAUUCAGCUCAAGGACUCGGAAAGUUCGGAUUCUAUGAGGUCUUCAAGAACGUUUACGCCGACAUGCUCGGAGAGGAGAACGCCUACCUCUACAGAACGUCUCUUUACUUGGCUGCUUCAGCUUCAGCUGAGUUCUUUGCUGAUAUUCUCCUUGCUCCAAUGGAGGCUACUAAAGUCCGUAUCCAGACUGCUCCAGGAGCACCACCAACUCUCCGCGGAUGCGCCCCAUUAAUCUAUAGAACUGAGGGUCUUACUGGAUUCUACAAGGGACUCCCACCACUCUGGAUGAGACAGAUCCCAUACACAAUGAUGAAGUUCGCUUGCUUCGAAAAGACCGUUGAGGCUCUUUAUCAAUACGUUGUUCCAAAACCAAGAGCCGAGUGUUCAAAGGGUGAGCAACUCAUCGUUACUUUCGUCGCCGGAUACAUCGCAGGAGUUUUCUGUGCCAUCGUCUCACAUCCAGCUGACACUGUUGUUUCCAAGCUCAACCAAGAUUCUCAAGCUACCGCCGGAGGAAUUCUCAAGAAACUCGGAUUUGCCGGAGUUUGGAAGGGACUCGUACCACGUAUUAUCAUGAUCGGAACUCUCACUGCCCUCCAAUGGUUCAUCUAUGAUUCCGUUAAAGUCGCCCUCAAUCUUCCACGUCCACCACCACCAGAGAUGCCAGCUUCCCUCAAGGCCAAGCUUGCCGUCCAACAGUAA